AUGUUAUUAUUCAUAUGCGUUGUAUUAUCUUACAUUAAUUUGAUAUCUGGUACUACCUAUCAAUGUGAUCCAAGUAUUUCAUGUGGUUGUUCAGUAUCAACCACCAAUGUUACAUCGCGAAUCGUUGGUGGAGAAGCAGCAUCUGAUUAUGCAUGGGGUUGGAUUGUUUCCCUUCAAUUCUUCGGUGAACAUCAAUGUGGUGCAAGUCUUUUAACACCUGAAUAUGCUGUAACAUCUGCUCAUUGUGCAGAUGGUUUAAUGAAUUAUAUAUAUCUGUUUUCAAUUCUUGCUGGUACUAAUUAUUUAGAUGAUGCAUCCAUUUCAACUAUUCAACGGAGAUCAAUCAUUAGUAUUACUAUGCAUCCUAAAUAUGAUCCAGUCACUAUUGAAAAUGAUAUUGCUAUUUUAAAAUUUUCUCCACUUACAAUAUAUUCAAAUUCUAAAAUAACUUUUAUUUGUUUACCAAAAGAAUACGAGGAUCCAUUUCAAACGAAUAAUAAUCUUGUAGCUAUUGGAUGGGGUUAUUUAUGGGAAGACCUUCAAUAUUUAUCUAAUUCUCUUCAACAAGUAACAGUUCAAGCAUAUUCAUCAACAUCAAAUGAAUGUCAACAAUCAGGUAUGACCAAUCCAUUAGUGCAAUUUUGUGCCGGAACUAUGGCUGGUGAUACAUGUCAGGGUGAUAGUGGCGGUCCAUUAAUGGCUUUUGUUAAUAAUCGUUGGGUAUUAGCAGGAAUAACAUCAAGAGGCAAUGGAUGUGCUCGAGUUGGAUAUCCAGGAGUAUAUACACGAGUGUCAUCUUUCAUUUCGUUUAUUAACUCAAACGUCGAUUUUCCAAGGGCAAACAGAACAACGACUCCAAUAGGAGAGAUAACGAUGAUUGAAGUAGUAGAAGCUACAACGAUUCCAAUGACAGAAACAACAACGAUUCAAGUAACAGAAGCCACCACGGUCUCAAUGAGACAAACAACAACGGUUGCGAUGAUAGAAGCAACAACGCUUCCAUUGGCAAAGACAACGACGAUUCAAGUAACAGAAGCCACCACGGUCUCAAUGAGACAAUCAACAAUGAUUGCGAUGAUAGAAGUAACAACGGUUCCAGUGGCAAAGACAACAACGAUUCAAGUAACAGAAGCUACAACGGUUUCCAUGAGACAAACAACAGUAUUUUCAUUAGCGACUUUGACUAGUCAGGGUAAUAAUAACCAAUCGAGUACUCAAGGAAAUGAUGGAAAUAUGAUAAAUAAAUCAAUCACGAUAGUGAUAUUUUGGUUUUUAUUCUUAGUAUGUCUCUCUUUUUCUUAUUGA